AUGGAGAAAGCCGUGAAGACGUUUGAAAGAGUCAACACUUCUAAAGGCGGCCGAGCGAUUCCGGAAGAUCAGAGACCUAACUGUUUCUUCUUUUGCAUUGCAAUUUCAGAUACGUGUGUAGCCAUGAAGGAAUGGGUAGACCACCUUCACGCAGAGACAGCACUAAGCAGCAUCCUCCCAUGCGUAGACGAGCAAACAACAAACCAAACUCUCGCUCAAAUCAAAUUCGUCAUCAACAGCAUCGUCACCAUCGUGAACGCCUUCGCCAACACAAACCCAUCUCCAGGCCAAAACUUCUACUACAACCAGUCCAGACCGCCAAUGCCUCCUCUCUGCAGCCCCUUCCACACAGACGUGGAAGAUCGCGAGUGCGGCUCCUGGGAACUGUCAAUAGGAAGCGCAUCAUCGGUGUGGGAGAGCUACAUAUGCGAGGUAACAAAAUCCGAUGUCUGCACGACGGUGGGGAGAGUGACGCCUGAGAUAUACAAGCAGCUGGUGGCGGCUGUGAACGAGAGCUACGCGUUGGAGCAUUACACGCCGCCGCUGCUUAGCUUUCGGGAUUGCAACUUUGUGAGGGAUACGUUUGAGAGUAUUACAUCGGACUACUGUCCGCCCUUGGAGCGUAAUCUGAGGGUUGUGAACGCGGGGCUGGGGAUGAUCUCUGUUAGAGUGUUGUUGUGUCUGGUGCUGUGGGUAUUUUAUGCGAACCGCCCCCAAAGGGAGGAAGUGUUUGCGGAUCCACACCGGCCUCAAGUAAAAGAUCUUAGCUCUGGUAACGGCUUUGAUAAUGGUUGCUCAAAUGAUGAAACUAAGCGUUAUGCGGAGGUCGUGUAG